GGCAAUAAUGAAACAAAAAUUGAUAGGUAGGUAUUAUUAAUAGCAAGAAGGUUUUUGUCUUUGUCAUUAAAACUUCUAAUUUUGCCUCUCCCUGAAAUGAAGCCUCCUUCUCCUAUCUCUUCCUCCUCCGCCCUCCUUAGAAAACCUCGCUUCUCCCCUUACCUCUUCACUCUCUUGGCCUUCAUCUUCUUCGUCGCCAUCCUCUACGGUGAAGACCUCGCCUGCAUCUUCAGCCAACAACUUGAACUCGACCUCAACCCCGACCGCCCUUCACCCACCACCGAGAAGAAGUGGGAGAAGUUGGCAUUUGCGAAAGGAAAAUUGAAGGAGGAUGGGGAGGGUUGUGACGUGUACAGUGGGAAGUGGGUUAGGGACGAGGUGACUCGGCCGCUAUAUGAUGAGUCAGAUUGUCCCUACAUACAGCCCCAGCUGACGUGUCAGGAACAUGGCCGCCCUGACCGGAGUUAUCAGUACUGGCGGUGGCAACCCCACGGCUGCGAUCUUCCCAGUUUCAAUGCAAGCCUAAUGCUAGAAGCCCUAAGGGGAAAGAGGAUGAUGUUCGUUGGAGAUUCUCUAAAUAGGGGGCAAUUCGUUUCAAUGGUUUGUCUUCUUCAAUCUCUAAUUCCUGACGACGCCAAGUCCAUGGCGACCUUCGAUUCCCUCACUGUUUUCACCGCCAAGGAGUUCAAUGCAACGAUUGAAUUCUAUUGGGCACCAUUUCUUUUGGAAUCGAACUCUGAUAAUGCGGUGAUCCAUCGGAUUUCUGAUCGGAUAGUAAGAAGAGGGUCCAUUAAUAAGCAUGGAAGGCAUUGGAAAGGGGUUGAUAUUAUGGUUUUCAAUACUUACCUUUGGUGGAUGACUGGCUUGAACAUGAAAAUCCUGCAAGGGUCUUUUGAGGAUCAAGUACAAGACAUAGUAGAGCUAUCAACAGAGGAUGCUUAUCGUAUGGCAAUGAAGAGCAUGUUGAGAUGGGUUAGGAAGAAUAUGAACCCUAAAAAAACUAGGGUUUUCUUCACUAGCAUGUCCCCUUCACAUGGAAAAAGCAUUGAUUGGGGUGGUGAAGAAGGUGGCAACUGCUACAACCAAACAACUCUAAUUGAAGAUCCAAACUAUUGGGGCUCUGAUUCGAGAAAAAGCAUCAUGGAAGUGAUUGGAGAAGUCUUUGGAAAGUCGAAGUUUCCGAUCACAUUUCUAAACAUCACACAGCUCUCGAGCUAUCGUCGAGAUGCCCACACGUCCAUCUACAAGAAGCAAUGGUCGCCAUUAACGCCAGAGCAGCUGGCAAACCCAGUAAGCUAUGCAGAUUGUGUCCAUUGGUGUCUGCCUGGUCUUCAGGAUACUUGGAACGAGCUUCUUUUUACCAAACUUUUCUAUCCUUAUUAAUCUUAAUAAAGGUCUUUUUGGAUUGACUUGUCAAUGGCUUAAAAAAAAAAAAAAGGAAGUAUUUUAAAGUAAAGCAUUUAAGUCAAUUCAAAGUUAAAUUUUUAUGAAGGUUCACUCCCAUCUAGGAUUCGUUAUGAGAUUUUGUGUAAAGUUGGGGCUGGCGCGGUAUUGAGUAUGUCAAUAUUCAAGAUGGAGAGUGUAAAUCUAUAUGAAAUUCAAAGGAUUGAACA